UACUUUGGCCCCGAUAGAUAUCCCACUCAUCCAUCCCAUCCCUCUUCCACGCGACUCUCUUCCACCACCGCCACCACCACCACCACACCGUCAGAAACAGAACCAUGGCAGCUCUCUGUGGACCCUCGAACGCGCUCUCGUCGCUCCAGAAACAUACCACCGCCGACCGCACACACCAGCAAGACCGCUUCCGCGGCCAGAGCCACCAAGGUUCAUCACAGGGCUUCAGAAGCGCCCAGAACCCAGCGUGGGGCGAUAAUGAGUUCGACGCCUUCUCGUCCGCGGGCGGCGUGAGCGCAGACCCGUUCUUUGCGCCGCAGCAGCCACAGCUGUUCCAGCAGUCACAAGCACAGGCACCCGCGUGGGCGACGGACUUCCAGCGACUCGACAUCGGCGCUGCUCCCGUACAACGGUUUCCGAUACAACAGCAGCAGCAGCCGCAGUGGGGACUGGAGUUCACGCAGAGGCUGCAGCAGAGGGAGCAGGCUGCGCCGCUGAUGCAGCAGGAGGGGCUGGCUCCCGCGACGACGAUGGCGAGCGGUUACUCGGGAUUCGGUACAUACUCCCCUUCGAUGGAUAUGGGGGUGUCGCAAGUCCAGCAGCAGCACCAGCAGAGCGAGUUUCAGUAUGACGAGAGCGCGUUCGAGCGAGCAUUUGCCGAUGCCGAGAGAGAGUUUGUUGCCGAGGAGGAGCAGUUGUUAGCAUUUGAACGGCCCGUAGAGGUUGCGGACAAGGUCCAGGAGAAGGAGCAGUUGCAGAGGGAGGGCGACGAUCUGGCUAGGACUGCGGGACAGUUGCUGGAUUCUGUUCAGGAAAAUACGUCCGCCAAGUUUCAGAACAGUAAUUUUUUGGCCCUGAUGCGGAAGUUGAGGGAUCAUCAGGUCGUCGUUGAGGGGAAUGACAUGGUAGAGGCGAAGGCUGCGGAAUAAUGGUUUUCUCAAAUUCUUCUGGUUUGCGUACGGUUUAUUGGGAAGCGGUUCCGGGUUUUUUUCUUUUUCUUUCGUUUCGUUUCUUUGCUUUUCUCGAGAUGGCAUAAGAAGUAGAUCUUAGAUUACAGGCGUGUCUUUUCUUUGUAUGUUUCAUCUGGCGUUGGGGAAUCUUAUUUCAACUCUGUCUCUUGUAGGCGGGAAUAUCUACCUACCUAUUCUACCUAGUAGACCUGUCUGUCCGCCGCCGCCAUCUGCGGAUUUGGAUGUUGGUAGCGAUUUGUUAGUGGAGUCGGCCAGAAAAUUUACGUGGUGGCCUAUGUAGCAGCCUAGCAUAGCUCCGCGAAGCUCC